AAUCCAAGAAUUUGCGGGUUAUAUAUAAAAAUAAAUAAAUGAUAGAAUACGAACCUAAAUUAUUAAUAUAAUUAUAUUCGACAAAAUGGAGCUUGAGGAUGGCUUUGACGAUAUCUUGGCAGAAAUCAGUGAACCAACGGCUCCUAAGCAACCGAAACUGGAUGAGCCAAGUACAUCAGAAGGAGCAUCAAAACCAGCGUCAUCUAAGACUCAUUGUGUAUUAGUAAAUCAAAAGCAGCGUGGCAACCCUCUACUAAAGUUUGUGACCAGUGUCCCAUGGGAAUAUGAUGAUAUAAUUCCAGAUUAUGAGAUAGGUAAAACUAUUUGUGUGCUAUUUCUCUCAGUGAGAUACCACAAUCUGAACCCGGACUAUAUAAACAAUAGACUAAAGGAAUUAGGAAAGAAAUAUGAACUGAGAGUUCUUUUAGUUCAGGUUGACCUUAAAGAUCCUCAUGCUGCAUUAAAGAAUCUAACGAGGAUAUGCCUCCUGACUGAUAUGACUCUCAUGCUGGCUUGGAGCCCCGAGGAAGCCGCUAAAAUCAUUGAGAACUACAAAAUAUAUGAGAACAAACCACCUGAUCGAAUCAUGGAGAAGAUUGAGAAUGAUCCACAUCAGAAGAUCAUUAAUGCAUUAUCUUCAGUAAAACCAGUCAACAAAACAGAUGCCAUGACAUUACUAACAACAUUUGGGACUCUAGCAAACAUAAUCAAAGCAACUGAGAGUAGGCUGGCAGAAUGCCCUGGAUUCGGAGCCACUAAAGCAAAAAAACUUUACAAAGCAUUGCAUGAGCCUUUCUUAAAAAAGGGCAGUGUUAUUACCAAUGAUGAUGAAUUUUCAGGAGACAUAAGUAUUGAAGAUAUUGAAAAAAUUGAAGAUGAAGCUAAGGUUCCUGAAAGUUGAUGUAUGUAUAUUGUAAUUAGGUACUA